AUGACUACCACUCGUUUCUCCACGUCGCUGCCUCUUCCACAUUAUGGCACCCAAUCCCUUGUCGCCGAAGUCCUUGGCGCCGACGCCACAGCGACCACAUACCUCUUGAACUGCCCCCCUGGCACCGAUGGCAACGACUGUGGCACGUACAACAACACACUUACGGUUGGACCCUGGGCAAGCCAAACCAUUCCGGCCGGCGCUGCCAGCACAGGAAAUCUGGAUAUCUUCAUCACGAUGCCAUCUGAAGACGAGGAUGAUUGGAGGAUGUCUGUCCACUGCAAAAUGUCCCAUACCGUUGCUAAGGGUUGCACCACCAUCAAUCUGGGUGGAAACGAUGAUGGAUCUCCCACUUCUACUAUCUCCGACACUGAUGAGUUGGAAGCGUACGACCUUACUUAUGCACCUGUCGUCAUUACCGCUGGUUUGGAUCUUCUCAGCGCCAAACAUACUGGUGUUCCAGAAGCCAGCGCAACCACCACUGAGAGUUCUGAAAAGGAAACCACUACACCUACAAGUACUUCUGGCGCCUCGACAUACUUUGCACAUGUAUUCGGAGCCAUAUCUGUUGCUGGGAUUGCUGUUUCUUUGCUCUUGUCUUAG